AUGCCUGAGAGAGUCAUUGUUGUUGGUGCCGGCUUGUCCGGGUUGAGUGCCGCUCACACCAUCUAUCUGUCUGGCGGCAAUGUCGUGCUCCUCGACAAGAACAACUUCAUGGGCGGCAACUCGACAAAGGCUACCUCGGGUAUCAACGGUGCCCUCACAAGGACGCAGGUCGACCACAAGAUCCAGGAUAGCGUCAAGCAGUUCUACGACGACACGCUAAAGUCGGCGCGAGACAAGGCCCGCCCGGAUCUGAUCAAGGUGCUUACCUACAAAUCCGCCGCGGCCGUUGAGUGGCUACAGGAUGUUUUCAACCUCGACUUGACUCUGGUUUCGCGGUUAGGAGGACACUCCUUCCCGCGAACACAUCGUGGCCACGAUGCCAAGUUCCCCGGUAUGGCCAUCACAUACGCUCUCAUGCAGCGGUUUGAGGAGUUAGCCGAUGCCGAGCCAGACCGAGUCCAGCUCAUCAAGAAGGCUAAGGUGACCAAGGUCAACAAGGACGGUAACAAGGCGACUGGCGUGACAUACCUCUUCAACGGGAAGGAGACGGUUGUGGAUGGCCCUGUGAUAUUGGCUACUGGUGGGUACGCUGCCGACUUCACGGAGGACUCGCUCCUGAAGAAGCAUCGCCCGGAUACAUACGGCCUGUCGACCACUAACGGUGCACACGCCACCGGUGACGGACACAAGAUGCUGAUGAAUAUUGGCGCCAACGGCAUUGAUAUGGACAAAGUUCAGGUGCAUCCCACUGGUCUGGUAGACCCCAAGGACCCACACGCAAAGACAAAAUUCUUGGCUGCUGAAGCUCUUCGUGGUGAGGGAGGUAUCCUCCUCAACUCCAAGGGUGUGCGCUUCUGCGACGAUCUCGGUCACCGUGACUACGUCUCAGGAAAGAUGUGGGAAGAGAAGGAGAAGGGUCUAUGGCCCAUCCGACUCGUCCUCAACUCGAAAGCCUCCAACAUCCUUGACUUCCAUACCCGUCACUACUCCGGCCGUGGUCUAAUGAAGAAGCUUACCGGCAAGGAAUUGGCGAACGAAAUUGGCUGCGGCGAGGCCGCCCUGAAGGCCAGCUUUGAUGACUACAACGCCAUCGCCGACGGCAAGAAGAAGGAUGAGUGGAAUAAGAAGUACUUCCACAACCUCCCCUUCAGCAUCGACGACACCUUCCACGUUGCCGAGAUGGAGCCCGUGCUACAUUUCACCAUGGGCGGCAUUGAGAUCAACGACCAAGCACAGUGCCUAAACUCCGAGGGCAAGCCCUUCGACGGCCUCUUUGUUUGCGGUGAGUUGGCUGGUGGCGUCCAUGGCGCUAACCGUCUCGGUGGCUCUUCCCUCCUUGGCUGCGUUGUCUACGGACGUGUAGCCGGAGAGUCCGCCUCCAAAUACCUCUUCCAAAACCUCCUUAAGAGCGGUGGUGGCUCAGCCGCCUCGCGUCUCGGCCAAAUCUCCCUCCACAUCGACCCCAACACCCCCGGCAAGGUCUCAGUAGAAUGGGGCUCCGGCUCCGGCUCCUCUUCCUCCUCUAGCACCGCGCAACAAUCGCAAACAUCCGCUAGUCCCGUCCUAAAAGAGGGCGCGGACUCCGCCGACCCAGGCAAGGUCUCCUCAACCGCAAACGUGAAGGACUUCAAGAUCCCCGACAAGGAAUUCUCCCUUGAGGAAGUCGCCAAGCACAACAAGAAGGAGGAUCUAUGGAUCGCAGUCAAGGGCAUCGUGCUCGAUGUGACAAAUUGGGUAGACGAGCACCCCGGCGGCCCACAGGCGCUGUUCUCGCACAUGGGCAAGGACGCGUCGGAGGAGUUUGAGAUGCUGCACGACGACGAGGUGAUCCCGAAGUACGCGCCUGAAAUCGUGAUCGGUCGGGUCAAGGGGCAGAAGGUUACGUUGGAGUAUUAG